ACAGAAAGGAAAAAUGGAAGAGGAUUCAGAGUUAAUAGCCGUCGACGUGAAGCGGAUUCCACUCAUGGUGGGCGUUACGUGCAGUACAACGUUAGCGGCUACCUAUUCGAGGUCUCUGCCAAGUAUGUUCCCCCGACACAACCCGUUGGGCGCGGCGCUUACGGCAUUGUUUGCUACGCAACAAAUUCUGAGACUAAUGAAGAGGUUGCAAUCAAGAAAAUUGGGAAUGCGUUUGACAACAGGAUUGAUGCAAAAAGGACACUUCGUGAGAUCAAACUCCUUUGCCAUAUGGAUCAUGAAAAUAUUAUCAAAAUCAAGGACAUCAUACGGCCUCCAGAGAAGGAGAAGUUCAAUGAUGUGUAUAUUGUGUACGAGUUAAUGGACACAGAUCUGCAUCAGAUAAUACGGUCAUCCCAACCAUUGACAGACUAUCACUGUCAGUUCUUUCUAUAUCAGUUAUUGCGAGGGCUCAAAUACAUACACUCAGCUAAUGUUUUGCAUCGGGAUCUGAAACCAAGCAACUUACUUCUCAAUGCAAAUUGCGACCUCAAGAUUUGUGACUUUGGGCUUGCCAGGACAACUUCAGAGAAAGUUCCGAUGACUGAGUAUGUUGUGACUCGUUGGUAUCGAGCACCAGAGUUGCUUCUCAAUUGUUCUGCGUAUACCGCUGCAAUUGAUAUUUGGUCAGUUGGUUGCAUUUUGAUGGAAAUUAUCAGGAGGGAACCAUUGUUUCCUGGGAAUAGCCACGUUCAACAGUUGAGACUUAUAACUGAGAUGAUAGGUUCACCAGAUGACUCAGACCUCGGGUUUCUGAGAAGUGACAAUGCUCGAAAGCGUGUAAAGCAGCUCCCAAGAGUUCCAAAGCAACCUUUCUCUCAGAAGUUCCCUGAUAUGUCCCCCUUAGCCAUUGAUCUUGCAGAAAGAAUGCUUGUUUUUUAUCCAAGCAAGCGGAUUACUGCUGAUGAAGCAUUAAACCAUCCAUACAUAUUGAGUCUUCACAAGAUCAAUGAGGAGCCCACUUGCUCAUCACCUUUCAAUUUUGAUUUUGAACAGUCAACUUUAAGUGAAGAAGAUAUAAAAGAGCUUAUAUGGAGGGAGUCUCUAAACUUCAAUCCGGAUAAAAUGGAGUAGAGCAUAAUUUUGGAUAUCUUUCUUUCUUCCCGUUGCUUAAUUUUUUUUCAUAAUCAAUGUCUGGUUUGGCUCGUAAUGUAAAGUUGAUGGAUUACAUGUGUUUUGGCUUCUGUACGAGUAUAUUUUUUCAUGAGGGCUUCUUACCUGCCGAAAAGAUUGUAAAUUGAGUUGGUAAAGUGGUGAGUAACCACCACUUGUGCUCCAGUAUAAUGUGGGGAAGCUUUGGGGUUCAGUUUCUUGGCGAAUCCAAUGCCCCAACUCCAAGCAUCCUUCAUCCGAAAAUGUUCUGUACAUUAUGAGUUAAGGUAUCAAUACAAAGGACUGAAAUUGCCAAUAUUUGCAACAUUUUGUGGUUGAUCUGAAAAGAUGGAUGACAACUCUCUUUGACAUUGAUUUGAUUUCCAUCUGUCCCAGACAAGGUCCAAAAACUUUUCUUUGUUUCAUGCUGUUGACUUGUUAGUUGUUGCUUCACAACUUGGUGCAUGUCUAAUGUUAUUAUCCCUUCUUCCCUUCCAAGUCGUAAUUACUAAUUGAUUCUUCUUUAUUUAUGUUGAAACAUGUGAUGAUGUUGACUGUUGAGAAUGUGUCAAACGCAUGCUCUCUUUUAGAGUACCCACGUACUCUCGCCAGGGCCUAGGGUGGGAGUAGGAGGUUCCUGGCAACUCAACACAAGGACAAGAUGCAGAAACAACUCUGGAUAACGUUGGGUUUUACUCAGAUGACCCAAAUCUAUGCUGUUCUUCCCAUUGUUUUAAUUUCUUGAUUGUGAAAUGUGAACCACCCUUCAUGGAAACUUACUACCUGGCUUUCAGUUCACUUGUAAAGAUUGAAUCUUUUAAAAAUGUCAAGUUCUAAAAAUGUCUUGUAUUUUUGAUGGUUACUUCUUCCAGUGAAAUUCCAUUCAACAGAAAACACAAACACAGACAGUACAAGCUACAUUGCAUUAAAACCAGACAAACUACUAAAAUUUACCAGACAUUCCUACCCACUUAACCAAUAAGGGGACCCAACAGUCUCUCCUCUAUAAGUAAUCUGCAAGAAGCAUUUACAGGAUUAGUACUUGUAUCAUUAAACAAAUAAUCAUUUAUUCUCAACCAAAUACUCCAAGCUAUUUCACAUGACAGAACUAGCUGUUUUUUAUUUUCCUGGAUAUGGUCAUGUCUUCAUCCAGCCAUCCUUCUGAAUCAUCUAUACUGAGCCCUAAAGGACUCCCAAACAUAAUGGAUCAGACAUGAUAGAUCAUGUUCCAAUUCUUCUUGGGCAUGUCCAAACUAGUUUGAACCGGGCCGGGGUGGAAAUGAUCACCUCUACUUGCAAUACAAUGGCACCUACUGAACGAAUUAGAAAAUAUGUAUUUAUCUACUAAACAAUCGACCCAAUCAGUUGGAUCGGUUGAUCCAUCACAUGGCCAAGAAUUCGGGUACCUGAGUUGAUGGUUUUCAAUUGCAUCUGGCUUGGGCCUUCAGGCCAAGCCCUGGCCCAUUUAAAAUUUAACAAAAGCUAAACCUGAGCCCGCCCAAGUUUAACCCCUUGGUUCAAAUAGAUAAGAUUGAAUCUGAGUCCAUAUACUAACCAGUCAAAUUUUGGAACAAGGUUUUCUCCGAUCAACAGAAAUAAGUCAAAUGGUGAUUUUAGUUUCAGAUACUCUUCUUGUUUUAACGGAGCUCUUCUUGCCAAAUUGGCCUAGAAACUUGCUUCUUUGUUUGCAGCUCUAGAUUAGAACUGAGUUGGCUCAGAAACUGAUAACCAAUCAACUGGUAUUAUCCAAUUAGUAACCAAUCAAUUGGUAUUCCUU